GUCACCUCUGUAUUGUGCCUGUCACUUCUGUCGUUAAGUACAGAGAGGUCGUAGUCUCAAGCAGGUAGAUCAUUAAAUGGUUUUGAAGAGUUCGCGAGCGUAAUUCACACUUUUGGGGUCAUGAUGGAGAUUGAGGAUGGAAAACCAUUGUACGAGCGGAGAUUUGAUGCCGCUGUCAAAGUGAUACAAAGCUUGCCUCCAGACGGUUCCUUUCAGCCCUCCAAUGACAUGAUGCUCAAGUUUUACAGUCACUACAAACAGUCCACACUAGGACCCUGCAACACACCCAGACCUGGUUUCUGGGACCCCAUGGGCAAAGUCAAAUGGGAUGCAUGGAAUGAUCUGGGAGAAAUGCCCAAGGAAGAGGCAAUGAUUGCUUAUGUUGAUGAAUUGAAGCUGAUCCUUGAGGGCAUGCCCUGUACAACUGAGGUAGAGCAGCUGCUGCUGGUGUUGGGCCCCUUCUAUGAGCAGGUGCAAGAGAAAAAACACAUAAAUCAGGUUUCCGACCUGUCUGCAGGUUUUGGGACCAUGAUUACGUCAGCACCUUCAAAAAGUGUCACAAGGAGCAUCAUUAGGACAAUGGAAAUGAAUGGCACUUUGGAGACACGGCCACCCAGGCCGGCGGGUGAGCCUCCAAAGCCCAAAGUCAUGGCAGUGAAGGAACAGGGGGAGGAAGAAGAGGAGUUUGAGUUUGAUGAGGAAGAUGAAGUAGAAGAAGAAGAAAUUGCUGAGAUCAAGGAGGUGAAAAAAGCAAAUGAAAAGUCGAAGAAAAAGGGCUCAUCCAGGAGACCUAAAGUCCCCCUGUCCGAAGGUAAUGUGAGGAACGGGAUGAGACACUUUUCCAAUGGGACCCACACCUCCAAGGCUGCGCUGAACUGUGAGGACUCAGAGGAGGGCCUCUUGAACAGCACCCUGCCCCUGGAGCCUCAUGUCCAGGUCAACGGCCACCACGCAGAUCUGGAUGCAUCCUGGCCCCGUCAUGUGGCCAGUGACUCAGACAGCGAGGUCUACUGUGACUCUAUGGACCAGUUUGGCCUGGAAGAGGGCUCUGAGGCACACACUGACCGCUGUCUGGAGCUGGAUGAGGAAGAGCAGGGGGAGAGCCACAGCCCUCUGUCCGAUCAGGAGGGGCCGUGUGGGACCCCUGAGGACUCCCAGGGGCCACCCAAGGGAAUCCAGUGUGGUGGGGAGGAUGGGGAGACGAGUGGAGGGGCCUCUCAGAGACAAAUACAGAAUACAGAUAGGGUCGAUAACUCCCUGGUUAGGAGAGAACGAGGCUCCAGGUCUUCAGGGCAUGGUGGAGGCUCAGGGCCCUUGCAGGGUAGCGGAGGGGACGGGGAGCGAUGGGGUGGAGCAGGGGCAACAGGAGGCAGUCUGAAUGAGCAGAUCGUAGUGGCGCUGGCCAGACUGCAGGAGGACAUGCAGAGUGUCCUGGAGAGAUUGCAAACACUUGAGGCCCUCACUGCAUCCCAGUCGUUGGCUCUACCAUACCCACCAUCACCCCUGGCAAAGAAGGGAAGUAAGAAACCAUCCUGGUGGCCUUUUGACGUGUCUCCUAGCGCUGUUGCCUUUGCUGUGGCAUGGCCAUUUGUGGUGCAGUGGCUUAUCCGUCUAUAUCUUCAACGUAAGAAAAG